CACACUGCUCGAAGUUGUGUUCAUCCAUUCGCAAACCUGCCCAGAAACCUGCAGCAAGUGAUACCAGCCUUUUUUUGCCAUCUGGCAACGACGCUGGGAGUCAUGAAUAAACGCUUAAUAAAACAUUGUAAACGUGAACAAGGCUUUAUGCAGAACGGGAAUGACAGGGACCGGUAACCAAGAAACAGAAGUCAGGUACGCAACAAGACGACGGCAUUGCUCCAGCAACAAAAGACCAAGGGAUUAACUCAGAACAAGACGAACACUGGGUCACUUAGAAGUGAAUAUGCCUGUUGUUAGUCAUUUUAAAAUUAAAUACUCUUGUAAAUAACAUCAUUGAAGGGAAGGAUGGAAAUUUUACUGGAGAUCAAAGGACGACGAUACACGGUCAUGCACAGAAACCCAUUGCAUUCGGAUGUGGACAUAUAAUUAUGCCAACACAUUGAGACGGACAAUAUCCACAGACCUACUGGCAUAUCGAACUGUACGUUUAGGAAAUCUGUGGAAAAGGAGAUUACUGCCCUUACAAUGGAGAAAUAUGAGAAACUUGCAAAGAUUGGGGAGGGCUCCUAUGGCGUGGUCUUCAAAUGCCGCAACAGAGAAACCGGACAGAUAGUUGCCAUUAAGAAGUUUGUGGAGUCAGAAGAUGACCCGGUCAUAAAGAAGAUAGCACUGAGGGAAAUCCGCAUGCUGAAGCAGCUGAAACAUGUGAAUUUGGUCAACCUGCUGGAGGUGUUCAGAAGGAAGCGACGGCUGCACCUGGUCUUUGAGUUCUGUGAGCAGACCGUCCUCAACGAGCUGGACAAAUACCCACGGGGGGUUCCUGAAGCUCAGCUGAAGAGUAUAGUGUGGCAGACUCUUCAGGCAGUGAACUUCUGCCACAAACACAGUUGUAUCCACCGUGAUGUGAAACCAGAGAACAUCCUCCUGACCAAGAGCGGCGUCAUCAAGCUGUGCGACUUCGGCUUUGCCAGGAUCCUCACGGGUCCAGGGGAUGACUACACUGACUAUGUGGCAACCCGGUGGUACCGGGCCCCAGAGCUGCUGGUGGGUGACACUCAGUAUGGGCCACCGGUGGAUGUCUGGGCCCUCGGCUGUGUCUUUGCUGAGCUCCUGCACGGGAACCCCCUCUGGCCUGGGAGGAGUGAUGUUGACCAGCUGUAUCUCAUCCGCCGGACACUAGGUGACCUGAUCCCUCGUCAUCAGCAGGUGUUCCGCUCCAAUGUCUUCUUCAGUGGAGUCAAUAUCCCGGAACCAGACACAAGGGAGCCCCUGGAGAAGAGGUUCCAUAAUGUGUCCCCGCUGGCCCUCACUGUCAUGAAGUCCUGCCUGGUGAUGGACCCCGCUUUGCGUCUGUCCUGUGAGGAGCUCCUGGAGCUGCCCUACUUCCAGGAGGAGGGCGGGGGCAGCUGGGGCCGUGAGGGAGAGAGGCCAGGGAGGCGUCACGACAAGGGGGCCAGACGCAAGCAGCCAGGGCCACAGUACCUGCCUCAACUGCCCGGUAGCAACGUCUCCCCUGCACCUGAGGUCAAGAAGCUGGUCAAACACAGAUAUGACCACCACCUUCCCAACAUCUAACUGAAAGUAGCUGAGAGAG